UUUUGAAGUUCUCACGCCAUACGCGCCUGCUGUCUCUGCUGCGCCAGCCAAGGAUCACACGGCCGCCCAAACCCCGUGACUCUUCGAGGUCGAUAUGUCGAACUACCAGACGCCGGAGUCAAAGAAGGAGGAGUUUCGCAAGUACCUCGAGAAGAGCGGCGUUAUCGAUGCUCUCACGAAGGUGCUCGUGGGGCUCUACGAGGAGCCGGAGAGACCUCCAAACGCUGUCGACUACAUCAAGAGGUACAUGGGCGCUCCGACAGGGGUGGAUGCAGAGGCGAUGCGGUUACAAAACGAGGAGUUCAAGAGAGAGAAUGAAGAGCUCAGAUCGAAGUUGCAGAGCCUCACCGAAAAGAUGACCGCGGAAGUGGACGCAUAACUCGAUGCGCAACUGCGAAUUUCGAAUCCGAUGGCGAUGGCAAAGCCACUCACCCCGGGGGAACUAUUUUUUGCUUCACGGGGGCAUCAUCGUCGUCACGUCGUCGUACAAGCGGGCUUGCGAGGCCGGGGCGCCGUGGGUUAUCCCAGGGGGCUGUGUGUGUGUGGGGGGGUAUCCGCUGCGCGCCCGGUAGCGCGAGAGAGCAACGCACGAGCGGCUCGUGGCGGGGGUAGUGAUGCUUGUUUCUUUGCCGUGUCUUCUUUGGCGAAGGUUGUCCACAAGCGCGAAGGCGGCAUGGUGCCUGGAGAUAGAGGAGCGAGGGAAGAGAUACGUGGAGGCAUGAAUCCUCCAGACCACUAGGACACAAGAGUUUGUGGUUUUCCCCUUUGGGAUGUGUGCAUCGUACAGCGAGGAAAACACGAACACAGGGUAGGCACCCGCCGGCUCUACGACUAGGUGCGCUGUGCUCCUGCGGGGUCGUUGCAGGGAAUCGAGCGAGGGGCAUUUCGGGGGAGGAUGUAAGAAUGGGGACUAAGGGGCUGGGGCACAGUAGCUUGUUGCGUCGCCCGCAUGCUACGUUUAAUUGGUUUUAUUUUUAACAGCUGACGUGCAAGCGUGGGAGAAGGAAGGGGUUUGGUCUGCACAUAAUUGCGCGGCAGGGUUGCCUCCAAACCAUCUCCCGCUCGCUGAGUUUCACCCGCGACGAUAGAUGCCAUGUGAAAAUUGGGUUUGCGCUUGGUUGCGGCGGGAGACGUCGGGGGGGGGCUGAGGGAACAAACCGGGUAGACAAGUAGAGAUGACGAUGGUACUCCGGCUGAGGGAACACACCGGGUAGACAAGUAGACAUGACGAUGGUACUCUUGCUGAUGUCCCCCCUCGUUUUGGAGCAAAACCGGCGGCCGCCGGCCGUCACUCGAGGGGCGGUUGAGGCAAGAGUGUGUUGGUGUAAAAAGAGAAGAGAGGAGGGUUGGCCGGCCUCGCUCGGGGGUUCGCAGCGAUGGAAUGGCGUUUCUGUCGGCCCGGGUGUGUGCCAGCCACACGAUACCUUUUUCUUCGGUUCAACAGAUGCAAGAAAUUAUAUGAAACGGUACGCGGUAAGCCCAUGUACGCCGCGCCAGACGCUCCCUUCACGAAAUCAUGUGCAGAGGUAACGGGGUGACGGUCCACCUUAGACCCCGAUCAACGCGGAAUUCUACUGUUGGUGGUCCAAUCGCCAUGAGCUCACCACCUAAACGUGUCAAAAAAGAGGGUGCUUAGCACGAAAGGAGAACGUGUCGGAAGCAUCCCGAGAGCAUCGGAAACACCCCCGAACGUGUCGUGAAUGCCCCAAAUAACGGGCAAUAGGAACAGUCACUACAUGCAACACAACUCUGCCGGCCUAAAAAAAAUAGCUUAGAGUUGCGUUCACCUGGUUGGCUGCUCUCGACAUCUCGACGCCAUCGGGAAAAGCGAAUAAAAGGAGCAACAAACAGCCCGUGCCUCCCUCGCUGCCAGGAAGACAAAGAGGACGCAAGAUAAUUGGACCCCAUCAUAUACGCUUGCGUGCACUGCAUGUACGGGGCUAAUACUUGUAGUGUCUGGUGAAAAAAAAUCAAAUCAGGUUGGUAUGUCUUCUGCUCAAGGAACAAAAAAAAAAAAAUUCACAUGUAACGACAGGGAGAAGAAAAAGAAAGCACCCGCUGCUGUCACGGCUGAGCAAUAGACAACAACGUUGCAGGCGAAAGUACUCGACACGACCUGUCUCAGUUGCCCCCAAACCCCCAACUACUAGGUAAGCGAAGGGUAACACAACGGAGAAAAAAAAAAAACUGUGAAGGAGAUUUUACCCGCGUUCAUGUUACCUGCGCCCCCAGGGCAAUAGCUACAUCCACCACGGUGUCCACGACGAGAGGCGCCAGUUCAGUCGCGAAGGCUUGUCAGACCAAAACCGCACCAACUCUUUCCUCUGAACCACAUGAGCCCCCCCCCACCCACCCAAGGGAUCUCCAUCCGUCACGCAGCGUGCAGCAGAGAUCUCGAGCGCUUCGCGCCCCUUUCAGUCAUGCAAGACCCGCCGCAGGUGACAUGCCAAAAAUACGCGCCGACAGAUCCGAAGAUACCCCCCCCCAUUCACCCCCUACGGUGACAACACUACCACACAGCACAAGGCUACUGUCUAGAUAGUCCUCGAACAUGAAAAUAUUCUGGAAAGAAAGUCCCCACGUCUUCGCGAACUCUUGAGGGGAGGAGGUGCGAACAGCCUGGAGAAGCCCGUGAGAGCUAGUCAUCUCACGCCCCGACACCCGCGCGCGCUUGCCUCCCCCCUCCCAGAGCCUUCCCUUUGCCAGACUCGAUGCACCCAGCCAGACGAGCUACUACGCCCCUCUCGGCACGGACGUACUCGCACGAGAGUUGC